AUGCAUGUGGUUGGCUCUUUGCAGGCCAUGAUGAAUAAUCUCUUCUCCGUGACUUCAAUAGUCGCGACGCUUGCAGUUCUCCUCUUCGCGAGAUGUGUCGCCCAGAUCCUCCAUCGACGCCUAUGGCACCCACUCCGCGCCGUACCUGGCCCAUGGGCGAACAGUGUAUCGGAGCUGCCCGCCGCCUUCGCCUUGGUCACAGGCAACCAGCAUUUGUACUACCGGUCAUUACAUGACAAGUAUGGCCCAGUCGUACGCGUAUCUCCCAACGAGCUAAGCUUCGUCCGUCCAGAAGCUCGCGAAGAAAUUUAUGGUCUUCGAAAAGGUGGUCUAAACAUGGAGAAAAGUCCGAUUUUCCUCGGAGCUGUUGGAGGCGUAGAUGGACAGACCGGCAUGAGCAACAACCUGUGGAUCUAUCGAGUUGAUACUUACCUUGCAUUCGAUGUUAUGGGGGAUCUGUGCUUUGCGGAGCCGUUUGGAUGUCUAGAACAGGCAUCGGCCACAGAGUGGUCUACAUCCGUAAUCAAUGUCUUCGUGGCAGCCACUUGGACACAAGGCAUACGCCGACUUUCUGGCGUUGGCACAUGGCUUGAAUCUCUGAUGAUUCGGCUUCUCGUUCCUGCGAAGGCGGCUGAUUGGGCCAAAAUACACCUGAGGAACUCGCGCGAGAAGACAAUUCGUCGCCUCGCAGACCCUGACAGAGAUCACACAGACUUCAUGUACCACAUCCUCAUCAACAAUGAGUCGAAGAAGUCUUUAUCCCAGACAGAGAUUAUCCUAAACAUGGCACUCUUCAUCAGUGCCGGAACAGAUACGACAGCUACUGCCCUCACCGGCUGGACGUACUUCGUCUGUACACACCCAAAGGUGUACAGCCGCCUCGUUAAAGAAAUUAGAGAUGCCCUGGAGAUAGACGAAGAUGUUAGAUGGGAAAAGGUACGGGACCUCCGAUACCUUGAGGCUACCAUUCACGAGGCGCUUCGUCUAUUCCCGCCGUCGCCAGCAAGCCAGCAACGAAUGGUCCCCCGAGGCGGCGCGACGAUUGACGGCUACUAUGUUCCUGCAGGGACGACAGUCGCUGUCCCACCCUGGGUGUCAACACACUCACCCUUAAACUUCUACAACCCCUACGAGUUCAGACCAGAGCGCUGGCUUGGAGAGGAGAGCGAGUUCUCGAACGAUCGACUAAAUGCUUCAUUGCCCUUUGGGACUGGACCCAGAGUUUGUAUCGGGAGAAACUUGGCUUACAUGGAGAUGCGGCUCAUCUCGGCGCAUUUGCUAUGGAACUUCGAUAUCGCACUUGACAGAGGGGAGUAUGAGGCCAAGAACGAUGUGUGGGGGCUUGAUGGCAAUCUGAAGCCUUUCAAGAUAUUCCACUCGAUGACCAAGCCGGAAUUAUGGGUGCGGUUGAAGAAGGUUUCGCAGUGA